AUGUCUGCCGUGGAAGAAAACGUGACGCAGCCAAUUAAGUACGUGGGUUUCGAUACCAUCACUUCUCAGAUCGAGAACAGAUUGUUGAAGAGAGGUUUCUCCUUCAACAUCAUGGUGGUGGGUAAAUCAGGUUUGGGCAAAACCACCCUUGUCAACACCUUGUUUUCGCUGAAGUUGGCCACUACCCAGGGCCGUCGCUCUGCCGAGGCGCCUAUCGAGAAGACCACCGAGAUCAAGGUCCACUCGCAUGUUUUGAACGAGAACAACGUCAGGUUGAAUGUGAAUGUGAUUGAUACUCCUGGUUUUGGAGACCAGGUCAACAACGACAAGUGCUGGGAGCCGCUCGUCAAGUACAUCAAGGAGCAGCACUCGCAGUACUUGCGUAAGGAGUUGACUGCCCAGAGAGAGCGUUUCAUUGCCGACACUCGUGUCCACUGUAUCUUGUACUUUAUUCCUCCUUCAGGUACGAAAUUGAAGGCAUUGGACGUGCAAGCGCUUAAGAGAUUGAGUGAAAUCGCCAACGUGGUGCCAGUGAUUGCCAAGAGUGACUCGAUGACUUUCAAUGAGAGAACUGCGUUCAAGAGGCAGUUGCAGAACGACUUCAUCAAGCACAAGUUCAACAUUUAUCCAUACGACUCGGAGGACUUGCUUGAUGACGAGAAGCAGUUGAAUGCCGACAUCAAGUCGCUAAUCCCAUUUGCCGUGUCGGGAUCGGAGCGUGAGAUCGAGCUCAAUGGCGAGCUUGUGAGAGGCAGAAAGUCUAGAUGGGGUGCAUUGAACAUUGAGGAUGUUUCCCAAUGUGAGUUCACCUUCUUGAGAGAUUUCUUGACCAGAACCCACUUGCAAGACUUGAUUGAGACCACUGCAUUGGUGCACUACGAGGGUUUCAGAACGAAGCAGUUGAUUGCAUUGAAGGAGAACGCUGCCAACCCAAACAGGCAGUCCAACGUUCUCAGAGGCACGAUCCCAGGCACGGCGCCAGGCCACACGUCAAUGGGACCUAGCGGUGCUGCUCCUGCUGGAGAGCCUGUCAAUGGCCAGGUUGGUGAAGGUGCUGCUCCCAACGCCAAUACCAACAACACAGUGUACCAGCAAGGCGUUGGCAACUCGCGCAGCAUGGUUCUGAGUCUUGUGGACGGCAAGAACGAACAGCGAUAA